AUGUCGCCCUCGGUCGACAAAUCGGGGCAAGCAGCUCUCCACUCGGACGUGGAGCACGGCACGACGACCAAACAGGUUGGUCUGGACUCCGGCAAGGCUCUGCUGGCCAAUGGACCCGCUGCAAUGCACGACUUCGUGGCGUCUCGACUGGAGACCGCAUUGGGCGGUGAGCUCCCGCAGAUGGAGGUGCGCUUCACCGACCUGUCGGUGUCGGCCGACAUCACGGUUGUCGAGGACGAUGGCAGCUCCAGCGACCUCCCCACGCUCUGGAACACGGUCCGGAAGUCGGUCGCAGGCAUCGGCCGCAAGAAGCAGAUUGUGCACAAGGACGUCCUCAAGAACGUGACGGGCGUCUUCCGACCGGGAACGAUGACGCUGGUGCUGGGUCAGCCCGGCUCCGGCAAGUCGUCGCUCAUGAAGGUGCUGAGCGGCCGGUUCCCCAUGGCCAAGAACGUGGCCAUCUCGGGUGACAUGACCUACAACGGCCUGACCCAAGCGGAGAUCAAGAAGCAACUGCCCCAGUUCGUGUCAUACGUGCCGCAGCACGACAAACACUUCCCCACACUCACGGUGCGUGAGACGCUCGAGUACGCGCACCAGUUCUGCGGUGGCGAGCUCAAACGCCGAGCCGGAGAACUGCUGACGCAGGGCAAGCCUGAUGAGAACGCCGAGGCGCAGGCGGUGGCCAAGGCGGUGUUCGACCACUACCCGGAGGUCGUCGUGAACCAGCUUGGCCUGGCCAACUGCCAGGACACGACCGUCGGCGACGCUCUCCUUCGCGGUGUCUCGGGCGGUGAACACAAGCGCGUGACGACGGGCGAGAUGGAGUUCGGCAUGAAGUACAUGACGCUCAUGGACGAGAUCAGCACGGGUCUCGACAGUGCCGCCACCUUCGACAUCAUCAGCACGCAGCGCAGUAUUGCUCAUCGCUACCACAAGACGGUGGUGAUCGCACUGCUCCAGCCGGCGCCUGAGGUCGUGGCGCUUUUCGACGACCUGAUGAUCCUCAACGCCGGCGAGGUCAUGUAUCAUGGCCCCAUGAGCGAGGUGGUGCCGUACUUUGCUGGCUUGGGCUUCGAGUGCCCCCAGGGACGCGACGUGGCCGACUACCUCAUGGACCUGGGCACCAAGCAGCAGACGCAGUACGAAGUGCAGCUACCGGUCCCCAACCUCGUGCACCCUCGGGAGCCUAGUGACUUCGCUCGCGUCUUCCGCGAGUCUCACAUCUACCAGAACACGCUGAAGAUGCAGGCCAAGCCAACCAGCGACAAGUUGGUGGAGUACGCGCAGAAGCACAUGAAGCCUAUGCCCGAGUUCCACCAGUCCUUCCAAGCGAGUGCGUUGACGCUGCUGCGUCGUCAGAUGUUCAUCAUCGGACGCAACAAGCCGUACAUUUUCGGCCGAGCUCUCAUGAUCACGGUCAUGGGCUUGCUGUACGCCACCACCUUCUACCAGUUCGACCCGACGGAGAUCCAGGUCGUCAUGGGCAUCAUCUUCGCCGGCACUCUGUUCCUGUCGCUGGGCCAGGCUUCGCAGUUGCCGACCUUCAUGGCGGCCCGUGAGAUCUUCUACAAGCAGCGAGGCUCCAACUUCUUCCGCACCGCCAGCUACGUUGUGGCUAACUCCGUCAGCCAACAGCCGCUUUGCAUCACCGAGACUCUCAUCUUCGGCACGCUCGUGUACUGGAUGUGCGGCUUCGUGUCGGAGAUCCUCGAGUUCCUGCUGUUCCUGCUGGUACUGUUCAUGACCAACUUCGGACUGGGCCCCUUUUUCUUCGUCCUCACGGCGGCGGCCCCGGACAUCAACAUCGCGACUCCCAUUUCCAUGGCCUCGACGCUCAUCUUCAUUAUUUUCGCGGGAUUCAUAAUCACCGAGAGCCAAAUUCCGAGCUACUUCAUCUGGUUGUACUGGCUGACUCCGGUCUCUUGGACGCUGCGUGCUCUCGCCAUUAUCGAGUACCGCUCUUCGGCUCUGGACGUGUGCGAGUACGGCGGGGUGGACUACUGCACCACGGAAGGCGUCACGAUGGGCGAGUACUACCUGCAGUUGUUCGACCUCAAGACGGAGAAGAGAUGGAUCUUCUACUGCAUCAUCUACAUGGCCGCCUGCUACGUGACUUGCAUGACGCUCGGAUACUUGGCACUGGAGUACAAGCGCUACGAGACGCCCGAGAACGUCGGUGUGUCUGCCAAAUCCACUGACGAUGAAGGCGACUACCGACUUGCUAGCACCCCCACGGCCAGUAACGCGUCCAAGUCCCAAACCACGAGCGAAGUGAUGCUGGAUAAUCUGCGUUACUCGGUGCCUAAGCCGUCAAACCCCAAGGAGUCAAUUGAGCUUCUCAAGGGUAUCAGCGGCUUUGCUCUUCUAGGCAAGAUGACGGCUCUGAUGGGCGCCUCCGGUGCUGGUAAGACGACGCUGAUGGACGUGAUUGCGAACCGCAAGACUGGCGGCACGAUCUCGGGCCAAAUUCUGCUGAACGGGUACGAGGCCAACGAGUUGGCUAUCCGUCGCUGCACGGGCUACUGUGAGCAAAUGGAUAUUCGCUCGGAGGCGUCGACGAUUCGUGAGGCUCUCACCUUCAGCGCGUUCCUGCGUCAGGACAGCAGCGUCCCCGACAGUGUGAAGUACGACUCCGUCGAGGAGUGCCUGACUCUGCUGGAUAUGCACGACAUCGCCGACCAGAUUAUCCGCGGCAGCUCGACCGAGCAGACGAAGCGCUUGACCAUUGGCGUGGAGCUUGCGGCACAACCGAGUGUGUUGUUCCUGGACGAGCCUACCAGUGGCUUGGAUGCUCGCUCGGCCAAGGUCAUUAUGGACGGUGUUCGCAAGGUCGCGGAUUCCGGGCGAACCAUUGUCUGCACCAUCCACCAGCCGUCCUCCGAGGUGUUUUUCCUGUUCGACAGCCUGCUGCUGCUCAAGCGUGGCGGUGAGACUGUGUUCUUCGGUGAGCUGGGACACAAGUGCAAGCACCUCUGUAUUGGCGCUGGUGUGUCGAACAAUUCGGCUGAUGGCAUGGACGUUGUGUCGGCGUUUGAGGCUAGCGAGCAGAAGCAGAAGCUGGAGCACACUCUGUCGCACGCAGGAAUCUGUUUGCCUUCACCGGAUAUCCCCGAGCUGGUAUUCGCCAAGAAGCGAGCGGCUUCCUCCAUGACGCAGAUGCACUUCCUCACCAAGCGCUUCCUGGACAUGUACUGGCGCUCGCCCACGUACAACCUCACUCGCGUCGGCAUGUCUGUUUUCCUCGCCUUGCUCUUCGGCGUGACCUUCACCCAGGCGGAGUACGAGACGUACCAGGGCCUGAACUCGGGCAUGGGCAUGCUCUUCAUGUCAACGCUGUUCAACGGCAUGAUCUCGUUCCAGUGCGUGAUGUCCGUGGCUGCUGCCGAUCGCCCAGCUUUCUAUCGUGAGCGCUCUUGCCAGACCUAUCAUGCUUUCUGGUACUUCGUCGGCUCAACGAUCGUGGAGAUUCCCUACGUGUUCGGCGGCACUCUGGUGUACACGGCGAUUUUCUUCCCAUUGGUGCAGUUCACGGGCUUUUACACCUUCGUCAUGUACUGGAUCAACACGUCGCUGCUGAUCCUCAUGCUCACGUACAUGGGUCAAAUGUUCGUGUACUUGCUGCCGAGCGAGGAAGUGGCGGGGAUCAUUGGAGUGCUGAUCAACUCGCGAUUCUCCCUCGUGAUCCUCGGCGCCCUCGUGUUCGCCGACUGCCCCGACGAGCCCGUGUACGACGAAGCGACCAAGACUUGGAGCGGUGUUGGCUCAGAGCUUGGCUGCCAGCCCCUGCAGAACGUUCCAGUGUCCACGGGUCCUACCACGGUCAAGCAGUUCACGGAGGAAGUCUUCGGCAUGAAGCACGACGAGAUCUGGACCAACUUCAUCGUGGUGAUCGCCUUCAUCGCGGCCUUCCGACUUAUCGCUCUGAUCGGCUUGCGCUUCGUAAACAGCCAGAAGCGGUAA